AUGUCCGUACCGCUACCAGGCACGACGAUCACACGAGUAGCCGUGAUAUUUGAUCAAGCGUCGUCGGAUACGCCUAACUCGCCCAGAAAUGCAGUUGUUGCCGAUGAAGCCUUCUACAAAGCAAUCCAAGACGUCUCCCUGCCUUAUCUUGAUGAAAUCAAAGGUUCCACAAUACCAGGAAAUGAACACGUAGUCUUUGCAGAGCUUACACAGAAGUACGAAGAACGUUUUAUGCGCAGCAUGAGAGAUCUAGGUCUAGACGAGGUGACGCAGGUCACUGAAUACGACCCAAGUAUCGUGGAAUACGUUGAGGAGAUUGUCGCAAAUGAAUUCGCCUACGCUCCUUCAGAUGGGUCCGUAUUUCAAAGCCAGUCAUUCGCCGGGAGCCAUGGAACCGAAACAAUCAACCUUUGCAUAGAGAUGGGGAACCAGCUUUAUCUCAUUCGUUUGAGAAAAGGUCACCUGAUGACUUUGUCUCUGGAAGGUGUCACGCCUAGCCCUAGACAACCUAGUUGGCCGAGCCGUGGUAAAAGAGAGCACACGAGGCUUGGCUACUGA